AUGCCCUUGGAGUCCGUGAGGGAGCUGCAGGUGAGGGCCCACGUGGCGCCUCUGUGGCUGUCCAUUGACUGCGGCUCCUUCGCCAAAUGUCUGGACUUUCUUCAGAGGCUCGGGGAGGCCUUCUCAGAGAAAGAGGCGGUAGACAGGCCCCAUGGCGCGCGCGAAGGGGCGGAUGAGGAGCUCUUCGAUCGUCUGCAGCACUGGGAUCUGUCCGUGAGCUGCACCAAGCUCUCGGCCUUUCUGCCCAGCGCCGCCGGCCAGGACCCGCAAGGCAUCGUGUGGAGCUGCGGGCUGCACUGGUCCCUGCGGCAGCUGCGGAGCCAGCUGCGGGUCUCCAGCCUUUGUGCGUGCCACAGCUCCCGGGGAGGCAACAAGGAGGGUGCGAUUCUGCACCCCUGCCGGGUUCGCCUGGACGUGGAGCUGAGUUUGGAGAGGCGCAUCAGUGGGCAGCUGCGGCUGGCGCCGCUUUGCGUCUCGCUGAAGACGGAGCAUGUGCCACUGCUGCUGAGGACCUGGAGAUAUCUGCUGGCGCUGGAUGCUGAGCUGGCGGCUUUUGGCCACGAUCCGCGGAGCAUGGAGAAAUCCGGGAGUUUCAGCAGCCUCAAGGAUAAAGCCCGCUCCGAGUCCUCCGAACGCAGGUUCUCUGAGCGCAGCUGGCGGGCGGUGUCGCAGGAUUUGGAGCAGGUGGGGGAGAUCGUACUGGAGCUGGUGCCCACGUGGUUCGUCUCCUCCUUGUGGCACGCGGCGUCGGUGUGGCACAGUUGCCGGCUCCAGCUGGACCUUGAGCUGGAGGCCCUCCACAUCGGCCUCGUGCAGUCUUCCACGGAUGCAGAGCUUGCUGUGGUCCUCAUUGAGGACCUGCUGCUCAGCUUGGACCAAUCAAGUUUCGCGCAGGGUGGGCAGCCCUCUCCUAUGUCCGUGUACUCCCCUGGGAGCGCAUCGCCCUCGCCAAGAUCUGCCCGGCGGCGGCGCCAGCUCGCGGGGCGCGCGGCCAUCUCGGCCAACAUCACCUCCACGGAGCUGGCGCGGGCCACGACCCUGUUGGAGCCCGUGGUGCUGGUCUUUAACCUCUUCACGGGCAAGCACCAGCCCUCGAGCUGCAAAGUCUCCUGGGUGAAUCUGAAUCUGAGCUCUGCCUUGAUCGAGACCUUGGUGAGCCUCUACCACGACGCCCUGGCGCGCAUCGAAGGCAUGCAAUCGGAGGAGGCGGAGUCCCCCUGUUCCGCGGCCUCCUGGGACUCGGAGUCCCCGAAGCGGACGCCCUGCCAGAUCUUGAGCUCCAAGGGCCUGCAGCGACAGGUGAGCAUCUCCUCCAGGCAGCCACAGCUCUCGGUGCGGAACUUGCUGGGCCAGGACGUGAGUUUGGAGGUCUUGGAGAGCGGCUGCUCCGGUGCGCAGGCUGUGCUCAACGACACCCAGUGCGUGGUGAAGCUGCCAUGGUGCACCAGGGCUCUGGGCGCGGCCCGGGGCUGGGGGGUGCUGCUGCAUCUCUUCGAGAUGGAGGCCAAGGUUUUCCUGCAGCUCACCGCCACCUCGGCGCUGAAAUCCGUGGCCGUGAAGCCUGACACGGGAGGCACCCGGUCCAGCCUCAGCAGCAGUCUGUUCUCCAGCAGCUGCCGACGCUGCAAUUCCAUUCAGAGCACGCAGAGCAACCUGGACGUGUCCAAGAGCGCGCUGGCCUCGGAGGCCUGGAUCUUGGUGCGCACGGAGGUGGGCUCCAAGCUCCACGAGCUGGAGGUCACACUCAGCUCCGUGCUCUUCGUCGAGAACCGCACGGAGGUGAGCGUGUCCAUCGGGCCCUACGGAUCUGCGAUCGAAGGCUUUCUCGAGCUGCCCCCGAAAUCGGAGCCUCGGCCGGUGCCGUUGGCGUGGCUGGCCAUGGAGGGCAAGCAGCUGCCGCAGAGUCUGUGGGUGGCGGUCACCGGGGAGCUCAAGGUUCCGCCCACGACCAGCUCCGGGAGUUCCUUCUCCAGCGUGUUGUCGGGAAACACGGACUCCGACAAGCGAGGCUGGAUGCGGUCGCAGCGCAAGGCCGGGAUUUUGCAGCCCCUGAUUGGCAAGAAUUCCUGGCAAGCCAUGUGCCGGUAUCGAAGCAUGGUGGCGAACGACUACUUCCUGCGAUCCAGGAAGCUCCACUUGCACGACCGCCACGGGGAGGAGAGCGUUUGCCUGUGCUCCACCGUGUGCGGGGUCAGCGCCGAUCUGCAGGCCUCGCUGCAGGCGCUGCUCUUCUCGGUGACUUUGGAGCCUGCGGCGCUGAUCUGCAACCGCCUGCCCUGCCCCCUGCAGCUAACGACCUCUGAGGGGCCCGUCCUCAUCAGCUGUGGGGAGGACGUGGAUAUGCUGAAGCCUUCGCAGCUGCUGAAGCUGAAUAUGGAGGUGCCUCCUUGCACAGGUGUCUGGGAGGAGCCGUUGCUCCUGCAGCUGGAGACGCCGGUCUGGCCGGACCGCCUGCCCCGCGAGAAGCAUCAGAAACGCCUGCUCUUCCAUGAGGCCACAAAGAAUGGUGCCGAGGCGGAAGAUUGUGCCAAGCUGAUGGUCACUCUGGAGACAGAGCCGGGCCUUACGACGUCAGAGUACUGGUCGCCCUUACAGGUCCGACAAUUCUCCCCGCGGUCUGUGAGGCUUGUAUUUUUCACGCAGUACUGGCUUCUGAACCGACGCAGCGAUUGCCGCGUGUGCUUGCCCCAGGAGAUCCUGACCCGAGAUCCAGGCGAGGCCAAGUUUGGGGGGCGCCUCGGGGCGGACCGGCGGCACGCACUCAUGCAAUUCGACUGCAACACCCUGCGCAUGGUCUCCGAGAACCUGGUGAGGAGCGGCAAGAUCCGGGUGGGGCUUUGUGAUCAGCGCUACAACGCCAACGGGGAGUCCGCGGUGCCGGUGACGCAGCCCUUCAGGAUCAACCAGCCCACGGUGGGCGCGGGCUGGGCCCCGCGGAGCCAGCGCAACCCGGUGCAGCGCUGCUUCGGCUUCACGGUGCGCCCGGCGCCGCUGCCCUUCUACCGGACGCUGAUCGUGGAGGUGGUCCGGAGGUACACGCUGCUGAACCACAAGGAGCACAUGCUCUUCUGCCUGGAGCCGGGCGCCCAUUUGCCGCCGCUGCAGCUGCUGUGCGGGGCUUCGGCGGCCUUCGACCCCCAGGGAGAUCUGCAUCUCGCCAUCUCCGGCGUGCCCGUGGACGAGAGGCCGCCGCCCGCGCGCUCGGCGACCUCGCGGCGCUCCGAGAGCCCGGAGCCGUGCCGGCGCCGGGCGGUGACCUGGGCGGAUGAGACAGGCGAGGGAGGGGGACGAGGUCAGCAGUUCGAGGAGCACAGCCGAACCCAGCGGGCCAUCGAGCAAGAGCUAUACUCUGCGCCCUUUGUGUUGGCUGAGAGUGGCAGGAGCCGGUUCCAGCUGAUGCACCAGAUGGAUCUGGGCCAGGCGGUGGGUCUGCAGAAGGCGGAGCUGGCGCGCCCGGAGCCGCUGCUGGGACCGGUGGAGGCGCCCACGGCGCAUGGCAGGGCCUGGUGCUUGACGGCGGUGGAUAUCAUGAAGGAGCAAGGCUCUGUGGUCGUGCGCUUCUCCGAACCUUUGCGGCCACAGUUCCGGAUCAUCAACCGCACGGGCCAUGCGGUGGGCUUGCGCCAGGACUGUGAGGGCGCGCCGGCGCUAGAGCUGGCGCCGGAGCACCGCAUGAGCUUCUGCUGGUUCCAGCCCGAAGGGCCUCAGAAGCUCAAGCUGCGCUUGGGCUCCAAAGAGCACAGCUAUGAGGUGGGGAUGGUGGAGGAGCACUCGCCCCCUCUGCUGGUGGAGCGCCCCCCCUCCGGGCAAACUGCCGGGUGGUUCCGCGAGGAGUUCCUGGUCCAGACCAAAGUCUCGCGGGGCUCGAGGGAGGUGCACAUCCACCCGCACUGCCGGCUUUCGAACCUGAAGGGCCACGCGCUGCUGGUACGCUCCGGCACGAAGAGUACAGAGAUCGUGGUGCCUCACCAGGGCUCAGUUUGCCUCCAGCGGGAUUCAAAGUCCUGGGAGCAGGUAAUGCUGCAGAUUGCCAGCUGCACGCCGGGAACGUCGGCGGCGUGGUCGGCGCCCAUCAUGGUGACCAAAAACCUGGCCGGUCACCGGGGCUUCCUGCGGCACAUGCAGAGCGGCGGGGCGGGGCAAACCUCCGUCUUCGAGAUCACCAUGGUGGACGUGAAGAAGGACCCGGUCUCGGAUUUCCUGGUGGUGGAGCUCCGACCCUACGUGAAGACCAGCUGCCCCUACUUCUUCGAGAACGUCAGCCACAUGGUGUGCUCCGUGCGCCAGCUCGAGGGUCCGGAGACGGCUUUGGAGCUCUUCCCCGGGGAGAGCGCGCCCUUCGUGCCGGUGGGCGCGGUGAUUUGCGGCCAGGGCACCUUCCAGGUGCGCCUUGGUGUGGGGAAUGACGAGGAGGCCUACAGCACGAUCAUCGACAUCGAGCUUCCGCAGGAGACCGUGAUCGGCGCCCUCCACGUUCGCGUCUUGAAAGAGCGGCCCCGGCACAUCAUCCUCAACGAUGUGCUCACGGAUCGCCGAGCCCAGAAGCAGGCGUUCCCGCCCUUCCGGUUGAUGCGACGCUGGCUGGGCAGCAAGAAGCCUCCCUCCAGCUAUCAGGAGCCGCCGCGGGCCUCCCCGCGGCGCCGGGGCCUCACGGGGCUCAGCUCGCCCUCGCCCCGCAGCCCGCGGAAGCGCUUGGACCGCGAGGCCACGCCCCGGAUCAUGGCGCUGCCUUCUACCCGAUCCCUCGGCUCCAUCUCGCGGCUGCGCCGGGGGUCUCUGGACAUCUUCUGGACAAUCCAUGGGCGGAGGAAGCACACCAAGGGCCUAGUCUUCCACCUGGACGCCCAAGGCCUGGGCAUCACCUUGGCCGACUCCGCGGCCCUCCACGAGGUGGCUUAUCUCUGCGCAGACAGCUUAGUCGCGAGCUUGGUCCGAGACGAUGCCGCCCGGGAGAUGGAGAUGUGCCUGGGCUCGCUGCAGCUGGAUGUCCGUGACGGCGCCCAAUGGCGCAGCAACGUCAUGCUGCGGCCCAAGCGCGGCUUGGGCCGCGCGCGGCCGCUGCCCUUCCUGAGUUGCAGCGCCAAGUGGCAAGCGCUGGACCGCGGCGCAGGGCCUGCGGCUCACUUCGAGGUGGAGAGCUUGAAGAUCGAUGUGCAGCCGAUCGAGCUGCGCCUAGAUACCCUUAGCUCCUUCCAGCUGGCGCUCUUUGGGCUGGACCUGCUGCGCCGCGCGGAGCCUCUGGUGCCCUUUUUGAGCUCCUUGCGGUCCCUGAAGCAGCACUGGAGGACUGAUGGGGAGCAGCUCAUGGCAGCCGUGGCGGGCGACAGCCAAGAUCCAGUGCUCGGGGAGCCACCCUGUCCGGAGUACGACGACUUUGAUGCUCCAACGCCUGUCUUCAUCAAGCACUUGUUGGUGCGACGCAUCCAGUUCUUUGUUUCGGUGCGCUUCAGCGGCAAGGGCGCCAGCGACUUCCAGGGCAACGAGGCCUUGCAGGCCGUGGACAUCGUGCUCCGAAAGCUCAUCCCCUUCGACGUGUCGCAAGCGAGGAUCUCCCUUGGUCCGUUCUUCCGGCGCCGGCCGGGGCCUGGGGCUCCCGCACCAAAGCCCUGCAGGCUUUUUAGCUGGAUUUUGCCCUGCUUGGGGCAAGCAGAUGGCGAUGCAUGCCUAGAAGACGAGUUCCUGCCGCACGGCUUCUCAGAGCUCCUCAGCGAGGCGGCCGCCUUGGGCGGCUCCGCGGUCUUGCGGCAGAUCCCGCAGCUGCUGGGGGCGCAGCGGUUGCUGGGCAGCCCGGCCCACCUCUGCGCGGAGCUGGGCCAGGCCAUGCGCCUGGCGCUGCUGGGUGUUUGGAGCUGUAGCCCCUGGCUGCUGCUUGCGGCGCUCCUCACAGUCAUCGCAGCACUGCUGGAAUCCGUGGAAGGGAUCUUUAUGAUUGUCGCCAAGACCACCUGCCGGAUCACCGCGGGCACGGUGCCGGCGGGGCUGCGCAAGGAGGCCUCCGGCUUUCCAGGAGCGUUGAUGGAUCUUCUGUGGUACGGCUUCCCCUGGCACUUUCAGCAGAUCUAUCGGGAGUGCAGGCGGCAAAGUCAUAUCGCCUACUCCUCACAUUCUCUUAAAGUGAGCCUAAGCUGCUUGCUGGAAGGCACCUGGUACAUCCUCUUCUCGAUUCUAUCCUCCGCGAUGGUGAUCGUGGCGAAGCUCUUUCAAUCCCUGCAACUCCUGUGCCACACCUUAGCCUGGUACGUCUGCCCAGAGCGGGUGGCGGAGUUGGGCGCCCCGCUGAGCCGCCGAGUGGGGCCGUUGCUCUUCCAUCUGGGCUCCGCCUUGCAGUUCUCCCACACUGUGACCAACACCAUGGGCGUGGUGCACAAGGCGGUGCGGGGCACCCGGCUCAGGGACUGGCGGCUCAGACAGCUGGGUAGAGAGGGCUCCCUGCUGGCCGUGCAGGGCUCGGGCUUCUACUUGGUGCGGUCCUCCGCGCUGCUGGCCUGCGUGCCGGCGCGGGAGGCGGAUGUGUUCCUGGCCUGGCAGGCCAGGGGCAACUGGCAGCGGGUGGAGCUUCGGCUACUGCAGCCCAGCUUGGGCAAGGAGGGGAACCGCCGGCGCCGGUUCCUGCUGUGCUUCUACCGAAACACCAGCUGCAAGGUUCUUCGACUACGGAGCCGGCGAGCGGCUCUUUCGGCCUUUAGCUUUGCACAGGAGUGCAUCUCCAGCUGGGCGCGGGCGGGGCUUCACGCGCCCAUGGCGCCCGAGAGCCCCCGCCUGCGCCUGCUGCGGAAGGUGCACAGAUCUGCGGCUGUUCGAGCGUCUGGGUAG